CCUUAUCACAGCAGAAACCAUGGGAGCAACGAACAGCAAGAAAGGGAACAUAGACAAUGCCAUUGUUCAUGCAGGAACUAUGAGAUCGCUAAGAGAUGUCCCCCCCGCUCACUACACCCUUAAAUUGACAUCCUUCUCCAUAUUCCGCGACGCUAAAAUUGGAUAUUAUGAGUCCGGAGUAUUUGAAGCUGGUGGCUACAAAUGGAAACUUUGCAUAUACCCAAAUGGAAAUGUGAAAGGUCACCUUUCUUGUUACUUGGCAAUAGCAGAUACAGAAACCCUUUCACCUGGUUGGGAGGUUAAUGUCAGCUUCAAGUUGUUUGUGUUUGAUCAAGUCCGAGAUAAAUACUUAACCAUCCAAGAUGCCGAAGGGGGAAUUACGCAAUUUCAUAGGCUGAAAACAGAAUGCGGUUUUGAUCAAUUCCUUCCCCUGGGCACUUUUAAUGAUGCUUCCAAUGGAUAUUUGGUUGAUGACUGCUGUGUAUUUGGAGCCGAGGUUUUUGUGAUAAAACAUACUGGCAAAGGCGAGUCUGCUUCAAUGGUGAAGAAUCUCGCGCGUAACAUUUACACCUGGAGAAUUGACAGUUUUUCACCGACAGAUCAGGAUAAACUUAUAUCUGAAGAGUUUGUCGUUGGAGGACACAAAUGGACGCUAGAGAUUUAUCCCAAAGGAAAUUCAUUAUCUUCGAAAGGCGAAAGUGUCUCUCUCUUUCUGAGGUUAGCAGAUUGCAAAAAUCUUCCUUUGCAUAGGAAAAUGUACGCUGAAUUUAAGCUGCGGAUGAGGGAUGAGGUCCAUGGCAAUCAUAUUGAGAGGAAAGUUGGUCAGUGGUUUUGUGAAUCGUCAGCUGAGAGUUGGGGUUAUCCAGCUUUCAUGGCCUUGAGCGAGCUCAAUGACGCGUCAAAGGGAUUCAUGGUGAAUGGUGUGGUAAUUGUCGAAGCAGAAAUCAUGCUCAUAUCCAGUUUUAAGGAUUUCUGAAGUAGUAAAAGUUGUGGUGCUCAAUUGCUUUAUUAUUUGUGAACCGUAAUCGCGUUUUGAAGUCUAAUUGCUCCCAAUCUACCUACAUGCUUUGGUAGAAAAGCUGAAACAGCUCAACAUUUGGUUUAUCCUCGAUCUGCAAUGUGAUGUUUCUUUCAUUUUUCAUCUAAACAUCAGCAGAACUUCAACUUAAUUGUUCUUUUCUGAAUGACCAAAUCACCUACCCAAAACUACUCUUUGUGACA